AUGAUUAGAGCAGCACUGGCUAAGGUCAGAAGCCGAUUCGUAAAGCCCGCGCCCAAGCCCGAUGCGAGCAAGUUCACCGUGGUGACGGAGGGCAAGGCGCACAUCCUGUUCCCUGAGAAGGAGACCGUGUUCUACAAUCCCAUCCAGCAGUUCAACAGGGACCUGAGUGUCAGCUGUAUCAAGGCGUGGGAUAACCUGUACGGGCAGGCCAAGCAGGAGAAGUCGCGUGGUAAGGGCAAGAAACGCGGCUUGGAGCAUGGCGAGGAGGCGAGUAAGAAACGCAAGCUGGAAGAUGGGUCGUCCGCAGAGGUCAAGGCCAGCAGCAGUAGGCCCUACAUCAAGAUCCUGGAGGCGCUUUCCGCGACCGGACUCCGCGCUAUCCGGUACGCGCACGAGAUCCCCAAUGUUAAGGAGGUGGUUGCCAACGAUCUGCUGCCGGAGGCCGUGGACGCGAUCCAGCGCAACGUGGACUACAACAAGGUUGGCCACAUCGUGAAGCCCAACAUCGACGACGCGAACGUGCUGAUGUACCGCAACAAGGCGGCGCACAAGCGGUACCACGUCAUCGAUCUCGACCCUUACGGGACCGCGACGCCGUUCAUUGACGCCGCGCUGCAGAACAUCGAGGACGACGGGCUGAUGCUCGUCACCUGCACGGACCUGUCGGUACUGGCGGGCAACGGGUACCCCGAGAAGUGCUUCGCACUGUACGGGGGCGUGAACAUGGCGGGCCACGACGCGACGCACGAGAGCGCGCUGAGACUGGUCCUGAACCUGCUGGGCCAGAGCGCGGCCAAGUACAAGAAGAGCAUCGAGCCGCUGCUGUCGCUGAGCAUCGACUUCUAUGUGCGCGUGUUCGUGAAAGUCAAGACGAACCCAACCAAGGUCAAGGACCUGCAGCACAACACGAUGAUCACGUACGUGUGCAGCGGGUGCCGGUCGUACCACAGCCAGCGCCUGGGCAAGCAGACGGAGCGCGAGUCCAAGAAGGGCAAGCCGUACCUGAAGUACUCGUUGGCGCAGGGCCCGCCCGUGGACAAGAAGUGCCACUACUGCGGCGGCGCGCACCACCUCACAGGGCCCAUGUACGCGGGCCCGCUGCACAACCGCGAGUUCAUAGACGAGGUGCUGCGGAUCAACCGCGACGUCCAUGGCGACGAUGUGUACAAGACGCGCAAGCGGAUUGAGGGCAUGCUGACGCUGGCCAAGAACGAGGUGGACGCGCCAUUUUACUUCACGCCCAACCGCGUGUCGUCGAUCCUCAAGUUCCAGGUGCCGAGUCUCAAGACCGUGGUGGCCGGGCUCGGCUCGCUGGGCUACGAGUGUUCUCUGACGCACGCGCAGCCCUCGUCGCUCAAGACCGACGCGCCCUGGGGCGCCAUCUGGUACGUGAUGAAGCGCUACUGCCUGGACAACGGCCUGUGUAACGUGGAAAAGAUGAACCAGAACUCGUGGGGGUACAAGAUCCUGUCAAACGACCUGGUGGCCGAGGCCGCGCAGUACGGCGACCAGCUGAGCUUCGAGCCCAACGACCAGAGCGGCAGGGUCGAGAAGCUGCGCAAGCUGAAGAUCGUGCGCUACCAGGAGAACCCGACGAAGAACUGGGGGCCCAAGGCGCGCCCGCAGUGA